GCGCUGGGGACCAGGAAGUGAACAGUACAGAAAGGUCCCUUCGUGGACCCUUCUAGGGGUUCUGGCUGUGGCUGGAGAAGGACCCUUAUCCUUCUGCAGCCAGGCCCAGGCUGAGCCCCCACUGGCAGAUCUGGAGACUGUCCCGGGGACAGGAUGGUAGUGGGGCGGGGAGUGCUGUACCUCCAGGACGGUCUGCGAGACGGCGGCUCUUCCUGGCCGGCGCCUAGCCUAUGGCCUGUGGUCACAGUGAAAGGCAGGAUGCUGACAGGCAGGACUGGGUGUGCCCGACGGGGGCGGGAGGAGGGAUGGGGGGAAUGGGGCACAACGCAGCCCCGCGUACCGAGGAGGAGGAGGGCCUAGCCCGUAAACCGGCCCGCCAGCGUCCCCAGGCCACCCCCGCCAGCAGCCCAAGGACGCAGUGUCCACCCUGCUCGCCGCGCGCCGGCCGUAGGAGGAGGGGACGCGGGAGACGCGCGAGGUGACUGCGGCCGGUGCCCAGGUCUCUCGCCGCGCAGAGCUUUACCCACCGCCAAUGAGGCCUAGCCUUUGAUACAGCUGGAACUACAUCCUAGAAACAAGAUGUUGGUAGAGAGACUGGCUUACUCCUGAGCCCAUGAGGGGUGAGGCCCCUUCAGGCCCAAAGAUGGGGAACAUCAGUGCAGACAACGCCUCGCUGAGCUGUGCCAUUGACCACACCAUCCACCAGACACUGGCCCCGGUGGUCUAUGUCAUCGUGCUGGUGGUGGGCUUCCCGGCCAACUGCCUGUCCCUCUACUUUGGCUACCUGCAGAUCAAGGCUCGGAACGAGCUGGGCGUGUACCUGUGCAACCUGACGGUGGCCGACCUCUUCUACAUCUGCUCGCUCCCCUUCUGGCUGCAGUACGUGCUGCAGCACGACCACUGGUCCCACGGCGACCUGUCCUGCCAGGUGUGCGGCAUCCUCCUGUACGAGAACAUCUACAUCAGCGUGGGCUUCCUCUGCUGCAUCUCCAUCGACCGCUACCUGGCCGUGGCCCACCCCUUUCGCUUCCACCAGUUCCGCACCCUGAAGGCCGCCGUGGCCGUGAGUGUGGUCAUCUGGGUCAAGGAGCUGCUGACCAGCAUCUACUUCCUCAUGCACAAGGAGGUGGUGGAGGACGAGGACCAGCACCGCGUCUGCUUCGAGCACUACCCGCUGGAGCCGCGGCAGCGCGGCAUCAACUACUACCGCUUCCUGGUGGGCUUCCUCUUCCCCAUCUGCCUGCUGCUGGCCUCCUACCGGGGCAUCCUGCGGGCCGUGCGCCGCAGCCACGGCACCCAGAAGAGCCGCAAGGACCAGAUCCAGCGGCUGGUGCUCAGCACCGUGGUCAUCUUCCUGGCCUGCUUCCUGCCCUACCACGUGCUGCUGCUCGUGCGCAGCCUCUGGGAGUCUAGCUGCGACUUCGCCAAGGGAGUCUUCAACGCCUACCACUUCUCCCUCCUCCUCACCAGCUUCAACUGCGUGGCCGACCCCGUGCUCUACUGCUUCGUCAGCGAGACCACGCACCGGGACCUGGCCCGCCUCCGCGGGGCCUGCCUGGCCUUCCUCACCUGCGCCCGGACCGGCCGCGCCCGGGAGGCCUACCCGCUGGGCGCCCCCGAGGCCUCCGGGAAGAGCGAGGAGCCCGAGCUGCUGGCGAAGCUCCACCCGCUCCACCCGGCCUUCCAGAACCCUCACCCGUCCGGAGCAAGAGGGUGCCCCGUGGGCGGGCUGGCUUAGCCGGGUCACCCACGUGCAGGGCGGGGCGAGGCCUCGGCUGGCUUGACACCUGCCGCCAGCCUGGCCAAGUGCAGGUGCCUCUUCCUGCUGGAGGGGACGACGGACCUGGGCUGCAGCCAGACCUCUCUGGUUCCAGGGAGGUGGCCGUAGGGCUGAGUCCUAUGGGGCUGCUGCUGCUGGCUGGGCUGCUGGGGGGAGGAAGACCUGGUCACCUCCUGGUCACCUCCAGAAGGUUUCCAAAGAGAAGCUGGGGUGGGGGGGCACAGAGUGUGAGGACAUGGAGUGAGGGGUGCUGGGAGACGAGGGCGGCUAGCUGGGUGCACGCCUGCCAGGGCCUUCCAGUGCUGUCGUAACAGAUAACACCUGUCCAGUUGCACUGGUGUUACCUGAGGAGGUGACCCACGAAGGCGUUAUUGUCACCCUUAACGCUUGAGCCCCACUCCACGAAAAUGUAGGAAGGAAGAUGAGUGGGGCUAGGAGGCUGGAUGGGGAGAAGGAAGGUGGGGAGGUGUCUGGGGCACUGAGAGUGUAUGUAGGAGAGACCCCAGAUCCAGCCCAGUCACAGUGUCACAGGGAGAGGUGAGCAGAUUCAUGGCUGACAGAAGCCUCAUAGGGCUCCCUGGGGCUCUGUGGGGCGUGAUGUCUGUGGUUCCAAAGCACUGAAGUUCAAGAGUCAGGAAAGAGGCCUCAAGCAGUGCGUCCAACACAGAUUCCUCCUAACUCACUUCCUGUUCCUAUCUGGCCAGAAGCACCACACUCAGAAACCUGGGAGAGAGUGUGUGUGUGUGUGUGUGUGUGUGUGUCAC